AUGAUUCUUACAGUGUUGUUUGUUCUGUAUUUGUUGAGUAGUCAUGUUAGCUAUAAAGUUGACGGAAAUCCAUCUAUACAAAAAGAUGACUGGGAGUUAGAGAGACAACUUGAGAUUAUUACUAAGCCUGCUAUUAAGAGUAUUCAUAAAAAACCUAACUUUCAAAAUGUGACUGGAGAGAUAAGUCAAAAAACUUCAAGAACUCGACCCAUGUUUGGAUUGGGUAAGCAUGAAUGUCCGACGGGGACUGUUCCUAUAUUGAGAACAACAAAAGAUGACCUUAUUAGAGAAAAAUCAUUACUCAAUGAUCAUAUAUUGCUUCAAGAUAUUCCUGGUGUUCAUGUCGCAGAAGUUUCUGUUAAACCAAAUUAUGGUCCUUAUUAUGGAGUUGGAGGUUUAAAUAGUAUUUUUAAUCCACGAGUUGAUACCAAUCUUCAAAUCUCUAUGUCUCAUUUAUGGGUUCAAAAUGGUCCCAUAGAAUCCACUAACAAAAUCUCAUUAGGAUGGCAUUCAGACAACUUCAAAAAGACAGGAUGCUACAAUAUUCGAUGUGCAGGUUUUGUUCAAACUAGUAAAGAAAUUUUCAUCGGUCGAUCCAUAGGUACUAUCUCUCAAUAUGGAGGACGACUUUGUGUGCUUGCCUUUUCCAUUACUCAGGAUCCUAUAACCAAAAAUUGGUGGAUAAGUAUAGACAAUAAGUCCAUUGGAUAUUUUCCAGCAAAAUUGUUCUCAAACAUGAGCUCAGCUAAUGAAGUAGGUUGGGGUGGAAGAACAAGAACUCAUCCUGGUACUCAAAGUCCUGAAAUGGGGUCUGGCCAUUUUCCUCAUGAUGAUAAUCCUACGCAUGCUUGUUUCUAUGAACAAAUUUCGAUUCAAGAUAAUGAAAGAAAAACUCAUGGAGUUAAAGUAUAUGAAGCUAAUUCCUUCACCGACAAACCCAAUUGUUAUGAUGUUAGAUAUUAUGGAGAUAAAGGACCCCCCUUUGGUCACAUUCUCAUGUUUGGAGGGCCGGGUGGUAAUUGUGGAAAUUAA